AUGGCAGCGCCCAGUCCUCAAGUCACCCUCGUCGAGCUGAUGACAGACGAGCUCACAACCCAAAAGAUCGGCUCGCACAACCUCCAAAAAGCGAUCGAGGCUCUCCACCGCGACGGACUCGUCAUCCUCCAGAACGCCGUCGACCCCAAACACUUGGACAAGCUGAACGAACGCAUGGUCCCCGAAGCGCAGCGACUCUACGCGCGAGCCGAGACACACCGGAACUUCGGCGCGCAGACAGGCAACAUUCAGCAAGAGCCCGUGUGUUCACCAGACUACAUCUUUGAAGACGUGAUUGCGAACCCGUUCGCCACCUCCGUGAUCGAAGGCAUGGUCGGCCCGCACCCAACGAUGCGCUUCUACAGCGCCAACACGGCAUUCGAGGCGACGGGGCGACAGCCCGUGCAUAUCGAUAUCGACUUCAACAUGCCGCGCAUGCCGUUUGCGUACUGCGUCAAUAUCAACCUCGUUGAUACGUCGCCGGCAAACGGCGCCACGGAGGUCUGGCUCGGGAGCCAUGUUGACACGGAUCAGUCGGUGCUGGAUCGCAGUAUGCCGCACAAGCAGGUUAAAGAGUCGUUAUUGCAGAGUCGUCGGUUGGUUAGUCCUGGUAUUCAGCCUGGUUUGCCGAAAGGAUCGUUCAUUAUUCGCGACUUUCGGUUGUGGCAUGCCGGUAUGCCGAACCGGACUGAUGAUCCGAGGGUCAUGCUGGUUUCGAUUCAGUUUGCCAAUUGGUAUCGCAGUGACCAGAAGCUUCUGCUUCCGAAGAGUCUGGAAGGGAAGGUUAAUUGGGGUAGGUUGGUGCCCUGUGUUGAAUGGGUUGAGGACGGCUAUGAUUAUUUGAAGGGUGCCCAUGACCAUGACUUUUCUUUGAAGCCGUAG